AUGAAGUUUCAAAAUUCAAAUUUUACAAGAAAUUAUUCAGGAGGCGCUGGGAUAAUUGAAAUUAUAAAAAUUGCUAACCUUCAAUGAGAGGGCUUGGAAUUAGACUCAAAUGGCUUAAUUAUAUCUGAAUCCAUGAACAUAAACACAAUGUUUAUGAAACAUUAUAUAGAAAACCCUUUAAUUUAUGCUAGAUCCAGCAUAAAUAAUCCUAAGGAUUUGAAUUGUGAAUCCCUAUCAAUUAUAUCAAACUCAAAUAAUUUCAAUAUAAAAUCAAUAAAUGUUUACAAUAAUUAUUGCAAGUAUUCUUCUCCUAGUAUCAUAAUUUCAAAUACAACUAGUGUCGUAAAAUCAGCUUAUUUUAAUAAUAACAAAGGAGCAGGAAGUUAUGGCAUUUGCUUAGCGUUUCUUUGAGACUCACAUUCUGAAAUUAUGAAUUCUAGCUUUUAUUCUAAUAUCAACUAUAAAUAUGGUAACCCUGCAGCUAUAAGUAGCUAUUCAAGUUUACUAAUACAAAACUGUACGUUCUCUAAUAAUACUGGUACUUUUUAUUUUGGAGGGCAAAAUCUGACUAUUUUUUCCUCUCAUUUUGAUUCCAACAGCUCACCUGAAUCAAAUGGUGGAGCUAUUUCUGUUUCAAUAUCAUCAGGCAAUAUAGAAUCAUCUAUAAUUUUUAUAUCUAGCACGAUUUUUGAAAAUAAUUCCUGCUCUUUUAGUGGAGGAGCUAUAUAUAUUGAAAAAGCUACUCCUCUAGAUUUACUUUUGACAUUAAAAAUAGAUAAUACAGAUUUUUUUUAUAAUCAAGCUUUAGACGGUUCUUGCAUUUAUAUAGAUCAAAAUUUGGAGCUUAGUUCUGAUUCUUCAGUUAGUGACUGCUCUUUUCAAGAAAACAUAGCAGGCUUUUCAGGCACUAUUUUGGUUUAUUAUCUCUAUGGAAUAUUGGCUUUUGACCAUUGCAAUUUUAUAAAAAAUAAAGGAAUUUAUAGCUCUACAUUGAAUAUAGCUACAGGUGAAAAUACUAAAGAAAGGCCUUCAAAAAUAAUUUUAAAUUAUUGUGUUUUUCAAUAUAACUCUGGAAAUAUAACAGUUUCGAUGGACAAUACAAAUAUAAACUCUAACUUAGAAGUUUAUGAAUCUUUAUUUGAAUAUAACAUUGGCUCAAUAUUUGGGCUUGAUUAUGAUUAUGCAGUAGUAAAAAACACGAGGAUUCAGCAUAAUAUAUCUCCUAUUUCUGGUGGGGCGUUGAAUCUUAAGAAUUCAGCAAUUUUUGAAUCCACAAAUACAAGCUAUUUAAAUUGCAGCAGCAAAAAUAAUGGUGGAGCUGCUUCUCUUAGUUUGAAAUCCCAGUUUAUCUGUUUUUCAUGUCUUUUUAGCACUAACUAUGCCUAUUCUUCAGGAGGCGCUAUUUAUGCUGACUCAGAUGCUCAGUUUUACAUUUUUAAUUCCACAAUUAAUAAAAACUCAUGUAAAAGUAAAGGAUCAGCUAUAUUUAUGGCAAGCUCAUUAGAUUUUUCGUCAAUAUAUAGUAGUGAAAUAUCUGAAAACUUCGCUUAUAAUGACGGUACAAUUUUCAUUUUAUCAUCACAGAUUUCAAUAUUUUCGUCAAUGAUUUAUAAAAAUUCAGCUUAUGGAAAAAAUCCAGGUUUAUAUAUUGAUGACUCAAAUGCUAUAAUUGAUGAUACUAAAUUUUUUAGCCAGCAUGGAAACCAAGGAUGUUUUAUUUAUAUGAGCACAAGCUAUGCAAAUGUAACUAACUCAGCCUUUUAUGAUGGAUUUUCUAAUAGUUCAGGUAUAGCAAUACAUGCAACAUCUAGUCUUGUAGAAAUUUCUUCAUCAAAAUUUUCUGAUCUUUUUUCGAAUGAUACAGGAGGAUCAAUUUACCUUUAUGAAGGCAGCAAUCUAUUUAUCAAAGGAACGAAGUUCUUGAACUCUGCCACAUCAAUAGACUCAUAUUCUAGCUCUGUUUUUAUAGAAAGCUCAUUGUUUAAAAAUCACACAAGAGCAGCUAUAUUUUCAAGCCAAGUCGAUGAGCUUCAAAUUUCAAGGUCAACAUUUAUUAAUGGUGUCGGAGCUGUAUACUGUAUACAAUGCAAUAUUAUUUCAAUCACUGAAUCUUGAUUUGUCGGUAAUUUAGGAGAAUAUGGAGGAGCAAUUAAUAUUGUAAAUGAAGCUGAGCAUCUAGAAACAUCCCAAAUUACUAUUUAUUCUUCUGUAUUUAAAUUGAACGUAGCUAGAAAUGGUGGAGCAAUUUGAACAAAUAAUAUUAACUUGCAGAUUCUGUCAUCAAUUUUUAUUGAAAAUAAGGCUGAAGCAUUGCUUGCAAAUAAUUCUCAAAAUAUAGAAGACGGAGUCGGAGGUGCAUUAAAAAUAAGUUGCAAAGACUCAAUGUUUCUUUGUAAUUUUAAUAUUACAUCAAACUCUUUUAGUAAUAAUAGCGCAACCUACAACGGUGGAGCUGUGAGCUGAGAUGACUCAAAACCAUAUUUUCAUAAUAAUUACUUUGAAAAUAAUUCAGCAUUUUAUGGGCCUGACAUAGCUUCUUUUCCUACAAUGAUGAUUUUUCUAAAUAACGAAACUAGAAGACUACAAAGUAAAGCUAUAUUUAAGGAUAGAAGUAUCUUAGUAUUAAACAAUGUUGCAUCAGGUCAACGAAAUAACCCUUUAUUAGCUUUUGCGCUUGUUGAUGACCUUUAUCAAAUAGUUACUACAGAUACUACAAGCCAAGCACAGAUGAAAGCAAUAGUAGCUAGUACAGUUAUAUCAGGCUCAACAAUUGUUUAUGCAAAAAAUGGAAUUUAUUACUUUGAUAAUUACAUAAUUUCUGCAAAGCCAGGCUCUUCCAUUUAUAUUGAUAUAGUUUCUUCAGCAAUAAAUACACAAAAAUCUAACACAUCAAGCGAAAUUUUGCCAAUGUCAUCAAAUUUCUCUAUGCAAAUUGAUUUGCGUUUAUGCGAAAUGGGGGAAGCUACAGUUGGACUUAUUUGUGAGAUUUGCCCUAAAGGCUAUUAUAAUAUUGAUGCCAACAAUUCUAAGUGCUUGGAGUGCCCAUCAAAUGCAAUUUGCUAUGGAAAUUUUUCAAUAGUUCCAAAAUCAGGGUACUGAAGGGAUACUGAGAAUUAUCUUAAAUUGCCUAGGGUUAAAUAGCUUGAAGUUCCUAUUAGACAAUCUAUGGAAAACAUUAUAGCAAGUUCACAAAUAAUUUUUGAAAAUGCCCUUAUUCGUCAGCUUGCUUGGGCUCUCCCGAUAACUCUAGUUUAUCUUUAACUGGGACUUGCAAUAAAGGCUAUGAAAAUAAUAUGUGUCACUCGUGCGAAUAUGGCUAUUCAAGGUUAUGAUAUAUAUUCAAUUAAUUAAACAUAAACAUUUAUAUAGAUGAAAAAAUAUAAUUUUAUUAUUUAGCAUAAUAAUAAAAAUGCAGCGCUCUUUGAAUAUUCUGUUCUUUUAAACAGAAGUUCUCCUUUUGGCCAAUUUCGAUUAUGAGGUUUGGCUUCAUCCAGUGAAUCUAUCCUGGCAAUGAUAGCGCAACAAGCCUAAGGGCGGGCAACCUUGGACACCUAUCCCCUAGGGGAAUUCGAAUUUUCUGGAGUGCUUCACCAACUCCAGGCUGUCGAGACUGAGAAUUUUAGCGUGCCAGAUCGACACAAGUUGAUUUUUGCCCAAGAGCUGAAAAACAGCCGAAUGCCGAAACCGAGAGAUCAUCGAGAUCAAGACCAAGUGGUAGAAGACGCGUGGCUGGUGGGAAACCCCGAAGUAGGAGCAGAAGUUUGUCCAGAUGAUGUGGUAUUGGAUGCUUAACAAACUAAUUAAGAUUGUUAUUUGGCAUAAAAGAAUCAUUCCAAAAAAGUUUUUCUUAAAGCGUAAUAUAACAAAAUAUAUAUAGAAAUGAGUGUCAAAUUUGCCCUGACUCUGCUACUAAUAUUUUUAGGUGGCUGGGAAUUUCUGCCUUACUUAUUUUUAUCACAAUAAUUAUUUUAAAAACAACAAGACAUUCUUGAUACAAGCCAAACUCUUUCUCAUCAAUUUACAUAAGAAUAUUUUGGAAUUAUUUACAGAUUAUUAUCAUAAUAGCGACUUAUAAUUUAAAUUGGCCAUUUGAAGUAACCGAAUUUUUCUUUGUCCAGACAUCUAUGGAUUAUAUUGGAGGACAGCUAUUUUCUUUUGAUUGCUUCUUACAAUCAUCGUACUCUAAAAGCGGAAUGAUAAAUAAGCUUUAAAUUAUUUUCAAAAGAAAUAAUAAAAACAUUGAAAUUUUUUCUAAAAGCAACAUUUAUUAUAUAAAAAUUUUGGUAACAAGUCUGACUCCAUUUCUUAUAGGUCUGCUUUGUCUAUUAUUUUGAAUUUUAGUGUGUAUUAUUAAAAAGAAACAUAUAAAAGAAAUAAAAGAUGACUUUAUAUCAACAUCUGUGGUUUUGUUAUUUUUAAUCCAUCCAAGUAUUAUUGACACCAUGUUUAAUGCAUUUAGCUGCAAAGAAAUUAAUUCUGGAGAAUAUUGGCUUAACGUAGACUUGGGAAUCAGGUGUUGGAACCAUGAUCAUCUUUUUUAUGCAUUUUUGUUUGCUAUGCCUACAAUAAUUAUAUGAGUUGUGGCAAUACCUUUGAUUUGUCUUAUAAAUUUAAUUAAGAAUAAAAGUUAUUUACCCCAUUUGAAUAAUUGAAAAACAUUUAAAGAGAGUGUUUGUUGAAAAAUUAGAGUUGAAAUAGCGUUUAAAAAUAAAAUAAAUAUAAAAAAUAUUAUUGGUGCUUGUAAAAAGAUAAAAAUUACGAAAAGCAGGCCCUUUCGAAUUUUAAGCUGCCCCCUAUUUAUUACAAUUAAAAUGAGUAGGAAAGCUAGGAGAAUUGUGAAUGAAAAAGAGAUAUGGGUUUCUCUGUAAUGGAUAUAGAGUAGACUUCUACUAUUGGGAAUUUGCUGUUUUAUUUUAUAAACUAUUUUUAAUUGGCUGCUCCGCUUUCCUAUCAAAUAUCUCUGCCAAUAUUCAGGCCCUUACAGCAACUCUUUUCUUAGUGCUAUUUCUUCAUCUUCAUUCAAGGAAUCAGCCAUUUAAUGAAACAUUUUUUAAUCAGGCUGAAAUUUUUUCAAGAUUAGCAUCAUUGAUCACAAUUCUAUCUGGCCUUUGCUUUUUAACUAGCAGUUUAGGCACUGUUGCUACAUAUAUUUUACUUGUCAUCUUAAUAUUUAUAAAUGCUGUAUUUAUCGCUUACAUUUUAACUAAGUUUUUAUUGCAAUUUGCAAUAAUACACAGCAUAAUUAUGAGGGUUUGAAAAAUGCUAUAUUUCAGAGGGAAAAAAUAUGCAGCAGAGAUUGCUCCUGCCAGCGAAAAUGAACUUGAUAAGAAUUCUAUAGAGGUUCAAAAAGAGAGCACAAAAAUAGGAAGCACUGCAGUACUGUCUGAUAAUACAAAAAUUGGAAUUUUUGUGGAGGAUUUGAGCAAUUCAGUAGAAUUAGACCCUUUUUCAUCAAUGAAAAGUAUAUAUGCUUCGAACUAA